CUAAAGAGAGUCAGUGAGUCGAGCCUGAGUCUGAGUCCGUCAGAGGGAGUCGAGUGCUUCUGUUCAGCGUGUGUGUUUGGACCGGAACCCUUCCAAUUCGUUGCGCACAAUUAGUUGUUGUCUCGAGCUGCAUGAGUUUCUCUUCCUUCAUCCUCCUUCUUCAACACUGAGUUGAUGCUUCACUUCUGCGCAGCGCGCGCCGGACUCUCUGGAUUAUAUUCUAGAACUCGAGCGAUCAUCUCCACAUCUCCACACAUCUGAGACUCGCGAACACAACAUGCUGUGGAAAUUAGCAGAUAACGUGAAGUAUGAGGAUGACUGCGAGCAGGAAAGACACGAUGUUAGCAGCAAUGGGAACUCCCGGUUACCUCACAUCCCAGCGGUGAGCCAGCACCUCUACAGCCCGCCACCGUCCCUCUCACACACAGCCAGCUCAGACUUCCAGCCCCCAUACUUCCCCCCCCCUUACCAGCCUCUGCCGUACUCGCAGUCCGGCGACCCGUACUCUCACCUCGACCCGUUCAAUAUCAACUCACUGCACCAGACCGCAGCCUCUAACCAGCAGCAGUCAUGGCCGGGCCGGCAGGGUCAAGAGCCCAUCGGGAGCCACGGGCGCGUCGGACUCGGGAGCCCCAUUCUGGGCCUCGACGGGGGCUCGUCCGGGAUGAGGCGGGACGGCUUCAGGAGGCCGGAUCUGCUGCCUCCACACAUACAUGGAAUCGACUCCAUAGGUGAUAACAUUGGAUUGCACGAUAUAGGUCACGGAAUGGAUGAUGUUCAGCAUGAAGGUGAUCACAGUAGUGUAAUUCCUGAUCACACAGUCAUCAAAAAAGGUCCGGUGUCCCUGCCAAAGGGAAAUGCGUUUGGAAUUCCCUUUCAGAAAGAGUCUCUGCUGGGAAUGGUGUCCAACCCCACCGAGGUCUUCUGCUCCGUACCCGGCCGUCUCUCUCUUCUCAGCUCCACUUCCAAGUACAAAGUAACCGUGGCCGAAGUUCAGAGACGCUUGUCUCCACCGGAGUGUCUGAACGCAUCUCUGCUCGGAGGGGUUUUACGCAGGGCAAAAUCAAAGAACGGCGGCCGAUCCCUGAGGGAGAAACUGGAUAAAAUUGGGUUGAACUUGCCAGCGGGUCGCAGAAAGGCUGCUAACGUCACCUUACUAACCGCCCUGGUGGAAGGUGAGGCCGUACACCUGGCGAGAGAUUUUGGGUAUGUCUGUGAGACAGAGUUUCCCGCGAAGGCCAUCGCGGAAUACCUUGGCCGACCGCACGUGGAACGCAAUGAGAUCAACUCUCGCAAAACCAUGCUCUUGGCAGCCAAGCAAAUCUGUAAGGAGUUCACCGACCUGCUGACUCAGGACCGAUCUCCUCUGGGAAACUCUAGGCCAGCUCCCAUUCUGGAGCCAGGGAUUCAAAGCUGCCUGACUCACUUCAGCCUCAUCACCCACGGCUUCGGCUCUCCGGCCAUCUGUGCGGCCAUGACCUCGCUGCAAAACUACCUCAACGAGGCGCUCAAACAGGUGGACAAAAUGUACAUGGGUUCGAGCGGGGACUCCUCGCAGGCCUCGUCCGAUGGCACCAACAAAGUAGAUAAGAUGGACAAGCACAGAAAGUGAGACUUGUUGAGUCGAGGUUGAACUGGAUUGGACCAUUUGAACGCAAUAACCGUUUUUGUAGCGGAAUUACCAGUUUUUACCAGAUCUGACUUGUCGUCGUCGUCGUCGUUGUUGUAGUUGUCGACUCUGUUUCCGUUCUGCUUUGUUUUCCCGACAUCAAAUUCAAAGCCCUCUUGGUCCACGUCUUGGCCUUCCAGCACUUUCUCCUCCACAAAGACACAAAACACAUUUCAAUGCUUAGCCUUAGUCGAGAGAGUUGCGUAUCGUCAUCGGGAAGUUGUCUCUCAGAGGGGAACUGCAAAGAGGAAGUUGUUGAGACACCAUUUCAAGAGUUAUUGUGGAUUUUAACGAUGUUUUCUUUCGCUAUCGAUCUGGGAGGAGGAAUUUUUGUUUCUCUGUGUCCUCCUCCUUGGUGCUGACCUCCUUAUGGACUUACCAAUGAUGUGAUUAUGUUUGAGACAUUAUAACUUGUUCUACGCUUGACUUCAUUGGACGCAGUGUUAUUGUUCUUCUGUUUGUGGGAGUGUUGUUAGCAUGAGUGACAGUUUUGUGUGCAUGGAUAUAUAUGAUUACUAA